UCCCUCAAACUUAGAAAUUGAAUCUGUUGCUGAAGCUUUAAUCAGAGCACAUCCAUGUUUGAGAGAACAGGGAUCCUUCAGUGGUUUCUACGGCUGGAAAAUAAGUCUUAAGUACAAGAUGGCCAACUACAGGACAAAGCUUAGAAACUUGGGGUGUCCGGAACUGAGCAUCAAUUCCCUCAAGCACAAACCUGCAGAUAGAUGUCAGCCUGCCUACGAUGUCAAAAAACCGAGGAAAGCAGAAGUAAAUUUUUGUCCUCCCUAUCCUGCUGGAGAGACCCAGGACAGUCUUGAAGGUGAAAGAUUGGCAUUGUUAUCUGAGGUCAAGAAGAGACAUAAUGAUAAAGUUGUCAGAGAAAAGAUGGCCAAGACCUUCGCAUACAGAAGACAGGAGGUCGUUAGAAACAAGCCCAUGAUCGUGGAGUUCAAGAUCAGAUGGCCAGGACUGUUCACUGUGGCAGAGAUGGAAGCAGAAUUUGUGAGGAUCACUACUCGUCCCCUUGUCUCAAAGUUUCAUGCACAGCUUGACCAACACACUGCCCAGCUCUUCAAAGUGUUGAAGAAGAAAGGAGGCUCUGCAGGGAAUAAAAUCAGCAGGAUUUUGCUCCCAAUCAGACAGAAUGAAACCAUUGAAAAGAGGAGAGAGUGCAUCCUGAAGGCACUUUGUAUCUAUCUGAACGAAGACCCGAACAUCCUCUUCAAAGAAUACCUGGAUACUGAUGAUACUGCUGUACAGAGGGAGCUUGAGCAACUUACCCUUGGCAUCUACAGCGUCAAAGUCGAGGGAGGUGAUGCAACCACUCCACCAGCUGAUGUUGGAAUAGUGAUCGAGGGUGUUGAAGUUCUGCAUGACCUGGGAGAUGUCACCUCUGCAUGUGCACUCUUAAUGGGUGUGAUAUAUGCACUGAACCUCAGUUAUCCUAUGGAACUUAAAGCCUUCUUUGAAGUACUUCAGAAGCUCUUCCUUCAACUGGAUGCUACCAGACUCUCAAGCAAGGUACAGAUGCUCAAGAACAAACUGUAUGAAUGAAUGAAACAGAAUGCUGCAACACGAGCUGACUUGUUUGUAAAAAUGUUUCUAAUUUCUAAGGUUUUUUCCUUCCAUA